AACAUUCAGAGACCCCGCAAAAUUAUAAACCGUAUCAAGGUGAAAGACUGUAAUCUUCAAUAUAUGGGCCCAGAUGAAGACUUAAACAGAUUAGGCUCCAGUUUGGGCAGACACUGCUACUUGAAGGACAGGAAAGACCACAAGCCGUCAAAAUCUUCGAAGACUAACACAGUGAGGCCCAAGAAGAAAUUGUGUCCAAAUCAAACUGGAGAAGAUUUUCAAGAGAAUGACAACUUGUCCUCUCUUCAGGGUCGUCCACAAAUUAAACAACCUGAUAAGAAUAGGAAGAAACUGGCAUCUGCAACAAAGAACUUGAUGAUGGCCUCUCAGCACCCUAGAUUUCAGCCCAUUGUGAAGCUAACAAGGAUCGAUGCCAUCAAAUCUCAAGGAGUGUACAAUAUAAAUCCAAUCCGCCAACAGUGUGUGGGAACAUUUAAAUAUAAAUUGAAUUCUAAAGAUAAUGGAGGGAUUCAUGGCAGUAAGAAACCGUAUCACUGUCCUGAAGGUGGGAAACAAUUCUCAGAUAGUCAUAUGCCUAAGAAACACAGAGAAGAUAAUACAGGCCAUACCACAACUCUCAUUGUAGAGAAACCAUAUUUGUCUAAACGUGGCAAACGAUUCUCACAAGUGAGCCAGCUUCAGACACACAUGAUUGGUUACAGAGGACAGGGUUCAUGUUGUUGUCCAGCUUGUGGUAAACAUUUCUAUAACAGGAGCAGUCUUCGCAGACACAAAAGAAUUCACACUGGAGAGAAACCAUAUUGUUGUUCUGAAUGUGGCAAACGGUUCUCAGUAUCAAGCAAUCUUCAGACACACAUGAGACUGCACACAGGAGAACAGCCAUUUUCGUGUUCUGAAUGUGGCAAACGGUUCUCACAAGCAAGCCAUCUUAAGCAACACAUGAGAGUGCAUACAGGAGAACAGCCAUUUUCCUGUUCUGAAUGUGGCAAACGGUUCUCACAAACAGGCCAUCUUCAGCAACACAUGAGAUUGCACACAGGAGAACAGCCAUUUUCCUGUUCUGAAUGUGGCAAACAAUUUUCAGAUAGCAGUAAUCAUCUGAGGCAUUUAAGAGUUCACACUGGUGAGAAGCCCUAUUGCUGUCCUGAAUGUGGCAAAAGAUUUUCCAACACAAGCGGUCUUAUGCGUCAUGCAGAAGUCCACAAUAAAGACCAUCCUUAAGCCUGUUCUGUAUGUGGCAAGAAAUUCUCACAAAGAGGCAGUCUUCAUAUACAUAUAAGAACACACAUUUGAUAGAGGCCAUACUCAUUUCUUGAUUGUGACAAGCUAUUAACCGAUUACAGCAGCCUUCACACAACAGAAUUCAUUCUGGAUUAAGGCCAUAUUGUUGCUCUGAAUGUGGCAAGCGAUUCAUACAACCCUGCAGUCUUCAGCGACACGUAAGAACUCACACAGGAGAAAAGCCAUGCCGUUGCUCUAAGUGUGGAAAAACAUUCAUAGAGAAAACUCCUCUUCAGGGACACAUGAAAAUUCAUGCUAAAAAGGUAAAGUCCAAAGAGACUGUAAAUAACAAAAAGAAGAAAAAUCAGAAAUAAUUCGGUCAGGUGUGGAAACAAAAUUGGAAUUGCUCUGCUAGUUGGUUACACAGAAUGCAUUUGACAAAUUUUGCAGACUCAUUUAGGCAACCCUGCUUAUUAAUUUACUGUAAGUGGCUUUUGCACUAAUGAUUAUUGCACAUUGUACACAGGUCUACUUUACAAGUUCUAAUGUUCUCUUAUACUUCUAUGCUUUUUUUAUAUUUUAUUGUACUACGAAGUUGAGAGAGAAACAGUAUUUUGAUUCUCCUGUAUGUUCUGCACAUUUAGUGAAUUGACAAUAAAAGGCUAUUUGAUUUGA